UCUUCUUCGCUGCUUUCUGUAGCCAUCCGCAACUUCCGCCAUGUCCCGGUCAGUCACAGCCCAGCAGCAGUGCUAAGUUCAGUCCUCCACACAGUCAACAUCAUCAACACUGCAACUGUGCAUCUGCUGCUUUGCAACUCAACAAAGGCGAAUCGAGAAAAGGGAAGCCUGUAGCUCGGUUUAUCACCUGCCUACUUUACCGCAAAGGGAAGAAUUGAGUUAAGGCUUUAGGAUUAGCUAACUGCUUGUUAGCUAGCAUGCUGCCGUCUCAACACAUCGGACAACUCCUCUCGGAUUAAUUUGAUCUCGUCAUGACCGAGUUAAGAUGUCGUAAAACAGAGACUUUGGAGGGAGAUAAAGAAGAGGAUGGGCGCCGAAAUGAGGCUGAUGUGCACGCUACACAGGAUGAGGGGAGUGUGUCCAUUGGUGGACCAGCUGACAAGCAGCAGAAAGAUGAGGGUGAAGUUAAAGAAGAGGAUGCUCAACCCAAACAGGAAGAAUCAAACAGACCCGAAACAUCUGUCAAAAGACCCAAGAGCUCCUCUGCAUCUGUUUUUUUGCAGCGCCUGGUGAGGGUGUUCUUCGGAUGUCUGGCAGCAGUUGCCUGUGGCAUGCUUUAUGCCGUGUAUCUGUCUACAUAUCAUGACAGGAAGUUCUGGUUUUCUACUAGACAGGAGCUAGAGCGUGAAAUCACCUUCCAAGGAGGCAGCGGGCUCUAUUACUACUACUACAAGCACAUGCUGAUGGCACCCUCUUUUGAAAGAGGCUUUUAUGAGCUGACGUUAGAUAACAGAACUGUUUCAGGUCAGACCAUCAACGUAGUGGAACGUUUGUCUCUGUAUCCGGAGCUCAUCACAAGCUUCAUAUACAGAGUCACAGGCAGCCAGGAUUUUGUAGAGCCGAUCUACUUCUAUGUUGGAGCGGUUUUCGGCCUCCAGGCGAUCUAUGUCACUGCCCUGUUUGUGUGUAGCUGGGUGAUGAGCGGCACCUGGGUGGCUGGCAUGUUGGCUGUGGCCUGGUAUGUGAUCAACAGACCAGAUACAACCAAAGUGGACCAUGCUAUUCCUCUGCGGGACAACUGGGCUCUUCCUUACUUCUCUUGUCAGGUUGCAGCUUUGACUGGAUUCCUGAGUAAUAACAUCAGCUCUGCCACUGAGAUGUUUUGCUAUCUUACCAUGAGUGCCACCACCUUCACCUUCCUCCUGGUCUGGGAACACAGCCACUACGUGCUCUUCGUCCAAGGCCUCUGUCUUUUCUUGCUUGACUCUUUUGACCUGGUGCCACCACGUAAGAUUGCUAACAUUCACAAGGUGUACCUCAGCUCCUUGUUCCUGGCCUACUUGUUCCAGUUUCAGAACUCGACCCUGCUCAGCUCGCCUCUGCUCAGCCUCCUGAUUGGCUCAGUGCUCGCGAGGUACUUCCAGCAAAAGAUGAAGAUAGGACCUCUUGUGGCCAGAGUAAUGAAGCUCUUCCUACAUUUCCACCUAGUCUUUACCACAGGGAUCACCUUCAGUUAUUUGGUCAAGAAACUUAUACCUGUAAGUGACAGUGACUUCAUAUUGAAAUUCCUUGAAGUAAAAUUUGGGCUCAACACAACAACUGAUUUUGUCACCAACUUCCUCCUAUGUCAAGAGAGUUUCCAGACACCCGGUCAGGACUUAUUUCUACGACUGACGCAGGCCUCAGUCCUUCCCUUCUACUUCCUGGUGCUCACUAUCUGCCUGCUGUCCACCCUGCAGACCAUUUACAGAAGACUCAGUGGUCAGCCAAUGAAAACCAACCUCAGACUUGAAGAUGGACGAAUAGGAGAGCAGCCAGAGGUCAACUAUCAUGUUUUCCAUACGUUGCUUUUUGGAGGCCUGGCUCUGCUGUUUGAUGGGAUGAAAUAUUUGUGGACCCCGUACGUCUGCAUGUUUACAGCGUUCGGUGUGUGUUCUCCAGACCUCUGGAUGACCGUGUUUAAGUGGCUCAAACUGAAGUCCAUCCACCCUGUAGUACUGUCUCUGAUCCUGAGCACAGCGGUUCCUACCAUCAUUGGUUUCAGUUUGUGGAGAGAGUACUGUCCUCGUGUCUUAGCAGAGUUGUCAGAUCUGCAAGAGUUCUACGACCCAGAUACAGUAGAGCUGAUCAGCUGGAUCAGGUCACAGGCUCCAGUAGCGGCCGUCUUUGCAGGCAGCCCUCAGCUGUUGGGAACAGUGAAGUUGUGUUCAGGUUCAGCUGUGACCAGUUUACCGCUUUACUCAGACAUCAACCUGCUGAGGAGGACUGAAGAUACUUACCAGGUGUAUGCAAUGAGAUCUGCAGAGGACAUCUAUAAGAUUCUGACCUCUCAAAAGACAAACUACGUGAUCAUUGAGGAGUCAGUUUGCAACGAGCUUAGUAUUAAUAAAGGCUGUAGGAUCAAAGACCUGCUGGACAUCGCCAAUGGACAUGUUGUUUACGACAAAGGAGAGCUUUACUCUUUCUCCAAGCACGGAAGAUUCUGCCAAGAGAUAAAGAUGAACUACUCGCCUUACACAAACUACUUCACUCGAGUUUUCUGGAACCGCUCGUACCACGUCUACAAAGUGAACUCUGUCAUCUCCUUUCAGUACUGACAGCAGCCUCUGCCUCCCUGCUGAGACUUUACUGAGCCUGGCUCUGCCCUUAAUCAGUGUUUCACAUCAUAUCCACAAUGUAACACAGAGGACUGCAAUGUGUUUCUGCAGUGUGUGUGCUCAGAGAAAUGUCUAAUCACUGUUACUUUACGCAUCCUGGUGUAGAUGGUGAAGCUGUAAAUUCAAACCAGCUGGGAUCAACUGAGCACAUUGUAGUGGUGUUGGCCUACACAUUGUGUGAUUAAAAUCAACAUAAAAGGACCCUGUUGAAGUUGAAAUAUGCCAUAUUAAUCACUGUACUGUAGUUUUAUAAGCCAUGCGUUACUGUUACUGUGAUGCUUUUAAUGAAGGGAGAGGUUAAUAUGUGAGGCCUGUGUGUUCACUUUGUACAGAAGCCGAGAGCAGCUCAGAUUUUUUUUUUAUGCUUAUUAUUUUGAGACAACAAAUAGUGGUCAUAUUUUUAGCCGUGCUAGCAUCAUGGCUCUAGGGAUGACAAUGUCGGUCCGUCUGUCUGUUGGUCGGUUGGUCAGUCGGUCCGCCACUUUGGUUCAGACUGAAAUAUCUCAACAACUGUUGGAUGGAUUGCCUUUAAAUUUAGUACAGAUAUCAAUGGCGCCCAGAGGUUUAAUCCUAAUGAUUCUGGUGAUCCGCUGACUUUUCCUGUAGCGCCACCAGCAGGUCAGUUUUCACUUACUCUGUGAAAUAUCUUAACAUCUACCAGACGGACAGGCAAAACAUUUUGUACAGACAUUCACGGUUCCCAAAGGAUGAAGCACAAUGACUUUGGUGAGCCCCUGACUAUAUCUCUAGUGCCAUAAUGAGGUUGACAUUUUUGGGUCAGAGUGAAUUGUCUUGACAAAUACUGAAUGGAUUGCCAUGAAAUUUUGCACACAUGUGUCCCCUUCAGGAUGAUUUGUAAUCUCUUUGAUCAUCCCUUAACUUCUCAUCUACUGCAUCAUUAGGUCAAAAUUUUAUUUUGUUAGCAUGCUAACAUGCUAAACUAAGAUGGUGAACAUCUGCUAAUUAAACAUCUGCAAGUUAACAUUUUCAUUGUGAGCAUGAUAGCAUGCUGAUGUUAGCAUUUAGCUCAAAGCACCACCUAAGUACAGCUUCACAGAGCCACUAGCAUGACUGUAGACUCUGUGUUGUUACUUUUAAGCCCAUUAUUCUGGGAUUAAUAUUUAUGCAGUUAUCAUCGAUCAGACAUUGUUUUCUCUUGAUUUAUAUGGCUCACUAUCUUGGGAUAGUCAUGGUCCAUCCAACUUUUUUAAUCAUGGACAAUCCUGUCUGCCUAAAGAGAAAAAGGUGUCCGGUAUUGCAGCCAUUAUUAUCCUGAGAUAAUUAGAUAAUUAUGUCUUGAUUGGUUGGAAUAAUGAUCUAAAUCACGAUCAGUUGUACCACAUAAAAGUACUCAUGCAGAUAAUGUGUAUGUGUUGUGUAUCUUUUUAAAAGGUUGCUGCUUCUCGUAUGCUCAGCUUUAAUAGGGAAGACGUGUCUUUGUAAGCUGCCUAUAGUGUGAUGUAUUCUGCAAAAGGGUGAGCAGAUCUCUACUGUUAAGGAGGACACCCACUUCACUUAAGAGUUCAUAAAUAUAAUUCCUGGGGUCUACCAUCAGCCAGUGACUAAAUUUGAAGCUCAGCAGCUCACCUGCGACAUUGGAAGACAAAUAACUUGCGAUAUCAGUGUGGAGUUGCUUCAAACAGUAUUUAUAUAUUGAUUGAACAAUGCAGGACAACAGAAACGAUAUCUAUGAACUUUUAAACCUACUUGUGUCUCUUUCAGCCUGAAAGUGUAGUGGAGGCUGGUUCUGAAGCUGCUCAUUUGUUACUUUGUCUUCAUCCUCUUCAUCUGGAUGCCUUAUUUUGAGAUGUGGGGACGGACUGACUGACAUCUCUUUACCGAUCACACCUUUAGCUAUGUCAGAGACAUUUCCCGUCCCCUGGUUGUUACCUUGAAGUAUUUGGUAGUAAAUUCCUUCUGGUGCUAUCAUGCUGGUCUCACCAAUAACUGUCCUCUGCAAAAGGCCAUGUAGUGAAUAUUAGGUUUUAUUAAAUUACUUAUGGAGAUAUGAAGUAUGUAUGAGUUGAUGAAUUAAAAGCCUUUUGUGUCAAGA